UGGAUUUGAAGUUUAAAGUCUGAACCUUUGGUCUUCGUCUUCCACCAUUGCUUUUCUAUUCUAUUCUAUUCUUGGGUUGAGGUUGAAUAAUAAUCUUCCUCUUCAAAGCUGUCUUCACUUCGCCACCUAACAUUACUAUGAAUUGAAGGACAUUGUUUAGGAUUAGGACAAUCCUAUCCCACUAUUUUUAGUGUCCUUCAAUUCAUAUCUAUCCAAUCCCAUUUCCUUUUAUUAAUUCAUUCUCUCUCUCUCUCUCUCUCUCUCUCUCCUAAUACCAAAACCCAGAUAGAUAGAGUUGACGUUGAUAAAACACCAUGUCUGACAUUGUCACCGUCGCUUGGAAGAAAUAUCUUCUGCAGCUUCAACAUCAUCCUCUCAGAACCAAGGCAAUUACAGCUGGGGUUUUAGCUGGAUGUAGUGAUGCAGUUGCUCAAAAGAUUGCUGGGGUCAAUAAGCUUCAAUUGAAAAGAUCACUUCUUCUCAUGAUCUAUGGAUUUGCAUAUUCAGGACCUUUUGGGCAUUUUCUCCACAAAUUGAUGGAACAAAUUUUCAAAGGGAAGAAGGGCAACGAAACUGUUGCCAAGAAGGUAAUACUAGAACAGUUAACAACUUCUCCUUGGAACAACUUUUUCUUCUUGCUGUACUAUGGCUUGGUAGUUGAAGGAAGACCAUGGGCUUUAGUGAAGAAUAAAGUUAGAAAGGACUACCCCACUAUUCAGUUGACUGCGUGGAAGUUUUGGCCUAUAAUUGGUUGGAUUAAUUACCAGUACAUGCCUGUGCAAUUCCGUGUUAUAUUUCACAGCUUUGUUGGCUCAUGCUGGUCUAUCUUCCUGAAUCUGAAAGCACGUUCUGUUGCAACAAUUAAGAAGGACUAGAACGGAGAAACUUCUUUUUUUUUUUUCUUUUUCUUCGUUUUCUUCCCAAAAUGCUUCCCUGAAUUACUUUUCCAUGGUAUAAUUUGCUUGUUGUGCUAGUAGUAUUGAAGUUCCCAUUUGUGCUUGAAUACCAUCUGAACUUUUGUGAUGAGUAGUACAAUACUGGGUUGAUUGCCUUUUUAAGAAUA